CCGCUGGUAGUGCUGUGUGUUUGACCUUCCCACACUCUUUCUCAUAUAUUCUGAGCACCAAAGAAUUAAGACAGCGAGGACAGAAAAAAAGGAGCCACGAUGAACGGACCUCACCACGGUAGGGUAAGCCACCACGGGAAGCACCAUGCCACCCCCCACCCCAUGGAGCUGAACACGCCGCUCUGUCCGGCCUCCGUGGUGGGCAGCUUCUUCGAGCUGAGCGCCGAGGCCCUGGGCGGGGAGAUGAUCCCGUUCUCGGCGUACGACGGCAAGGUAGUGCUGGUGGUCAACGUGGCGUCGGCGUCAGAACACACCACCAGGGAGUACCUCCAGCUGAACGACCUGGUAGCCACAUACGGCCCGAAGGGACUGAUCGUGCUGGGCUUCUGCUGUAACCAGUUCGGGAACGGCGAGCCCUUCUCCAACCACGAGAUCCUCCGGUGUCUCCGCGCAGUAAGGCCGGGAAACCGCUUCUCUCCAAACUUUCAGUUGUUUUCAAAGGUGGACAUCAACGGCAAGCACGGCCACAUCGUGUGGGAGUACCUCAAGCUCAAGCUGCCCUUCCCGUCCGACAACGCCGCCACCAUGGCGCAGGAGCACCUGGACAUCGGCUGGAGCCCCGUGCGGAGGACGGACGUCUCCGGCAACUUCGAGAAGUUCCUCGUAUCGAGCGACGGGCAGCCUUACAGGCGGUACAGCUGGAGAACCACGCCGGAGGACUUGUGCAAGGACAUCGAAGACCUGCUGAGAAAAGUGACGCGCACCAACAGGGAGCAGGGGAACACGGGCGCCAAGAACGACAGACCCAUUCUGUUUAACAGCAAGAAGUACAUGCAAGAAAGUAUGACUCGUAGUACAGUGAGGGACGAUGCAGCGUACUAGUAGUUCUACUGACUAUGCGCUCUUGGCCUUGCAUCUUGAACUUUCCGAAGACAACUUUCCGAAAACUUUUUGUGUAUACAGAAAGCUUUGGUCGAAUAGAGUAUAUCAUACAUGUAUAGAUCUCAAUAACAUAUGUACAUAACAUUAUGGAGUUAUUUUCUUUCAUGCUUAAGAAAAUACUUGUACAUAACCAAGGCAAAGGUUAAAAAAUUUCCAAUACAGUUUUACAGGCCUAUUUCGUCAGCAAUGUUUCAUACAGGAUGCCGUUGUAGAAGAAAUGAGAAAGAAAGACCCCUUAGCCAGAGGAAGUGUCAGAAGGCAGAACUUCAGUGUAAGAGUUGUUAGUGAGUGGAAUGCUCUGCCACAGUCCAAAAUAGACUCAAAAACAGUGAACGAGUUUAAAACACAUUUAGACAAACAUUGGGAGAGUAUGAAGUACAACACUUGAGUAAAGUUCGACACCGGGAUUACUACAGGCAAGCCUUCUCAUCC